AUGAAGGCUGCGCUGAUCGGUUCCAUUGUUUUGGGCCUGCUGCCCUAUGCGACCGCCGCCCCGAGCGCGCCCAACCCCAAUGACCUCACACUCGCCCUCGCGGAACGCGCCCUGCCCAAUGCCCCGGACAAAUACACCCCAGCCAACACCACCUGUCCCUCGACGCGGCCGAAAAUCCGCAGCGCCGAAAAGCUCUCGUCCCAAGAGACCUCAUGGCUGAAAACCCGGCGCGAGAAGACGCUGUCCGCCAUGAAGGACUUCUUCGGGCACGUCCAGGUCGGCGACUUUGACGUCACGGGGUACCUUGACCAACACUCCAAGAACACCUCGAAUUUGCCCAACAUCGGUAUUGCCGUGUCGGGCGGCGGGUACCGCGCCCUGACCAACGGUGCCGGUGCCGUCAAGGCAUUUGACAGCCGGACGGAGAAUUCUACCGCCAAGGGCCAUCUGGGUGGGCUGCUGCAGUCGGCCACCUAUAUCUCGGGUCUGAGUGGUGGCAGUUGGCUGCUCGGCUCCAUCUAUAUUAAUAACUUUACCACCAUCUCGGACCUGCAGACGCACAAGGCUGGUUCCGUGUGGCAGUUUGGGAACUCGAUUCUCGAGGGCCCGGAUACGGGCGGGAUUCAGAUCUUUGAUUCGGCGAGCUAUUUCAAGGAUCUUGCGGAUGCUGUCAAUGGCAAGAAGGAUGCUGGGUUUGAUACCUCGAUCACGGAUAUCUGGGGCCGGGCACUGUCGUACCAGAUGUUCAACGCCAGCGAUGGAGGAAUCAGCUACACCUGGUCGUCCAUCGCGGAGACCUCGGAAUUCAAGGACGGGAACAUGCCGCUGCCGGUUGUCGUGGCCGAUGGUCGCAAUCCCCACGAGCUCGUGGUUGGCAGCAACUCGACCGUCUAUGAAUUCAACCCGUGGGAGUUUGGGACGUUCGACCCGACGGUGUACGGGUUCGCGCCUCUGGAGUUCUUAGGCUCCCGAUUUGUGGGCGGUUCGCUUCCCAACGACGCGAAAUGUGUGCGUGGUUUCGACAACGCGGGUUUUAUCAUCGGCACGUCGUCCACGCUCUUCAACCAGUUCUUGCUCCAGAUCAACACGACUUCGCUGCCGAGUUUCGUCAAGGAUGUCUUCACAAAUGUCCUCUACAAACUCGACAAGUCCGACAAUGAUAUCGCGGCCUACGACCCCAACCCGUUCUACAAGUAUAACGAGGACUCGUCGCCGUACGCCCAGCAGACAGAACUGGACCUCGUCGACGGCGGCGAGGAUCUGCAAAACGUGCCCCUGCACCCGCUGAUCCAGCCGGAGCGUCACGUCGACGUGAUCUUCGCCGUCGACUCCUCCGCCGACACCGAGAACAGCUGGCCGAACGGCACCGCGCUCGUGGCCACGUACGAGCGUAGUCUCAACCGCACGGGCAUCGCCAACGGCACCAAUUUCCCGGCCAUCCCGGACCAAAACACCUUUGUCAACCAGGGCCUGAACAGCCGCCCGAGCUUCUUUGGCUGCGACAGCUCCAACCUGACGGGACCCGCGCCCCUGAUCGUCUACCUGCCCAACUCGCCCUAUUCGGCCUACUCCAACGUCACGACCUUCACGUUGUCCUAUGACAACAAGAAGCGUGACGAUGUCAUUCUGAACGGCUACGAGGUCGCCACCAUGGCCAACAGCACCCGCGACUCCGACUGGUCCGCCUGCGUCGGCUGCGCGAUCCUCAGCCGCUCCUUUGAUCGUACCAAGACCUCGCCUCCGGAUAUCUGUAACAAGUGCUUCUCGCGCUACUGCUGGAACGGUACCACCGAUACCAGCAAGCCACCUGCUUACGCGCCCAAGACGAUCCUGGCUGACAGUGCGGCUGCCGCUUUUGUGCCUACUGCGCUCUCUGCUGUGGUCGCCGCUGCUGUGGCACUCUUUGCCGUGGCUUAA